AGGGAGGAUGUCGUCUCCGACUCGGAUACAGAUCACGUCGUCAUGUGCAGUAAUUUUCAAAGAUGUGCAUUUUUAGAAGGUUUCCCUACAUUUACGGGCAAGACUGUAUAUUAUUCAUGAGUUCUAGCAGUCAGCAGAAUAAAUAAAGUGUAAUUUUGUGAUGUAAUAUUGGAGAACUGUACCGUCCAUCAUCAGUGAUCAUGCCCGUAACGCAAAUUGCUGUGGUUCCAGUUGGCCCAUUGGGAGCAGCAGGAGAAAAUGUAGACCGUAGCGGAUCACGGCCAACUACAGCACCUUCCCGCAAAGGACCCUCAGCAAAAUGUCGAUCACAAUCGGAGAGACGGCGCACUACAACCAGCUCUCAUGUCGAGUUACGAACCCUGAGCAGCCCAGCUACCGCAAUGCCCUUUGUCGUAUGCCAGUCCAGCAGUUAUCUCCCCGGCUCUGUGACCCAGUCAUCCAGCAGACCCUCGACAGCCAGCAGUAUAUCGCGGGGAAGCAAAGCCCGGAACUCCACAGGAUCCUUUAGCAAAACAAACUUUGCGUCGGUGGCGUCGUCGUCAUCGCGAGGCGGCCCGCAACUGUGGUCGCACCGGGCAUCCAUCGUAUCAUCGAUUGUAUCGAGUCAGGGCGAUAUCUGCAGGAUAUGCCAUUGUGAAGGAGACGAGGAAAUGCCUCUGAUUUACCCGUGCCUAUGCCUAGGAAGCCUUCAUUUUGUACACCAAGCUUGUAUCCAGCAGUGGAUCAAGAGCUCCAACACCAAGAACUGUGAACUCUGUCGAUUUGAGUUUAUCAUGCAGAGCAAGUUAAAACCUCUUGGCAAGUGGGAGAAGCUGGACAUGUCAGCGGCAGAAAGGCGUAAGAUCAUCUGUUCGGUGUCGUUCCACCUGAUAGCAGUGACGUGUGUGAUAUGGGCCCUAUACGUGCUGAUAGACAAAACGUCCAAUGAGAUUCAAGACGAGAAAAUGCAAUGGCCAUUCUGGACGAAGCUGGUAGUGGUUGCUGUCGGGUUUACAGGUGGCUUGGUGUUCAUGUACGUCCAGUGUAAGGUCUACGUCCAGCUCUGGAGGCGGCUGAAGGCAUACAACAGGGUCAUCUAUGUCCAGAACUGCCCGCCGGAGGUCAGGAUGAAGGUCAAGGAACAGAACCAGUUGGGAGAAGCCCCCAAGCCUCAAAUGGAAAUCAUCAACUGACCAAGAGGACAACUCCUGGAUGUUCCCCAAAUAAUCAUUGGUAAUUUUCCUGCAUUGUAUGUCAACAGAUAAUGGACCCGAAUUCUCGGGUAAUUCAAAUUUUAGUUAAGAGGAACUGUUUUAUGUAGAUCAUCAACUGGCUCUGGGACUUCUUCAGACAUUUCCCAGGAAUUGUCAGUAAUUUUCUUGCAUUUUAUGCAAACAGAAAAUCGGCCUGAAUUCCUAAGUAAGUCAAGAUUUAGUUUGAGAGGAACUGUUUUAUAAAUGUUGAUCAUGAACCUAAUGGGGGACAAUUCCUCGGACAUUCCCAAAUAACUGCCAUUCCUGCAUUUUCUCCAUACAGAAAUUGGAGUGACUAACUACUUUUAAUCUUAAGUAUUUCUAAAUUCAAGAAAACUGUUUUACAGGUGAACUGACUGGAAUGAUAUUUAUUUUUGCAUGUUAUGAAACCCAAAAUGAGGUUAAAUUCUUAGGUAAUCUUGACUACUUGCAAGUACGAGAGGAACUGUUUUAUAGAUGGAGAUUGGCAACUGACCAGGGACGAAAAUUCCUAAUGUCAAUGUUUCUUCAUACUAUGCUAACAAAAAAAUAGCUAGGUAAACUUGAGUACAGUCAAACCUGUCUAUAGUGACCGCCCAAGGGGAACACAAAAAGUGGUCUCUGUAGAAGGUGGUCUUUGUAGACAGGUUCCUUCAGUGCAUGUUUCAAUAAGAAACCAUUUUCAAGGGAAACAAAAAAUGUGGUCUUUGCAGACAGGUGGUCACUAAAGCUGGUUUGACCUUACUUGCAAUUUGUAGAGAAGCUGAUGGAGAAGGGACAACAGCUUCUGAAGGCAUUCCCAAAUAAUUGAUAUUGGUUCUCCUGCAUUUUAUAAUGCAAAUAUGAAUGAGAUUUACUUCAAGUUAUAACUCUCGAGUAAGUUUAAGUAGGUAUCGCCUACAAAACAUGGUAAACGUCACUCUAAAUAGUUGUUCGUAUAGUAAAUGAUCAUCCUCAACUAAGAGGUUGUUUGAAUCAGCAAAGAAUGCACACAAAAUCACAUACCGGUAACUUUGUAGAAAAUAUGUACACUGUAAAGCACGAACACAAAUUAUGAAAUAGCACAUAUUAUUUCUUUCUUCAUUUUAUUUGUUUGACAUACCUACAGUUUUAUCCAAGUAAUUAUGAAGACUCUUUACUUGUUUCAUUCAUAAUGAAUGUAAAUUCAUUCAUAUUGAAGCCUACCAUCAGUGUGCUGUAGAUGCUAGUAUAGCCCUUCAUGAUCAUGCUCUGGUUAUUAAUUAUUAUUAUAUCAUUGUAAAUUCAGACAGAUGGUUUUUUCAUGUGUUAAAUGUAAUUAUCAAGCAGAUUCUAGACUGUAAGCAAUCUAAUUGGUCAGAUGACACCAUGUGACCAUGCAUCAUUCUUUCCAACCACGUCUACUGUGCAAAAAAAGUUCCCU